AUGGAAACGCACAGUACUCAAGACAUACGACGAAAUCGACCUCCACACAUUCGUUAUACACCUGAAACAUUUGAAUUAGAUCAUUUACGUAUACCGACAGAUGAAAGUCUGAUAAACACAGAACUCUAUCCAAUACUGCCACUUGAAGCCACUUCACUCGUAUCUGAACCCAAUCUUGAAUCUCCUCCGUCAUUGUUAGGGCGAGCACAGACUACAUACACCAUAGUCACUUCACAUCCCGAUAAUAUCCUAAAAUGGCCACAAAGAAUAUUUCGAUGGCUUUAUUCCAUUUCCUUGGUAUUAUUUGUAAUUCUAUUAUUGGCAUUUGUUAGUGUUACUCCAUUAGAUGUUAUUGCCCAAACCUUGGAUGCAACUUCUUAUAGUGCUAUGAAAACAUUUAUUGUAAUCAUUGUUUGCGUGGUAUUUCUUGUCUUGUCAUUCUUAUUUUAUUUCCUGAGAAUAUAUCAAUUCAAAGUCCUGCUAAAUGACAUACCUGCCAAGUCAUUGUAUGUACCGUUUGAAGCCGAUUUGCCUCAGUCUGUAUUUGCGUACAUAGACGAGACAUUAAGAAAGUGUGUCUCUGAAAUCAGCGUUAAGGCGGGUCCUUUAGAAGACAAGAACUUAAUUAUCAAUCAUCCUGGAGUGGCACCUCCAGAAUAUAUACAAAAAAGAAACAAGGGUCCGAAUGGUGAAGGAACUUUGCUACCUCCUAAUUGUCAUUAUGAGGAUGUGAUUAGAAGUUUAGGUGAUCGAUUCUAUGUGGGGAAGAUUUUGACCGAGGAUGAGAUUCCUAAUCAUUUAUCAUUACGUGAGAUUAUGUUAUACUUAUAUGAACUGUAUGUGGAAGAUUCAACCCCUUCAGCAAGGGCGCCCGACUUAAUUAAGUUAACAAAGUUGUACGAGAAAUGUAGAUUUGGUCCUGAUUUAAUCCAAGAAAAGGAUUUGUUUGAUUUCAUGGUUGAGUUUGAUAAAUUUGGUUUAAUGUGUCAGAAUGAUUAUCAAAAUAACUUACCUAAGCAAAUGUCUAGACGUCUUUCAAGAGCCAGUCGCCUGAUGAGUAUGUUUGAUUCCGCAAGUAAUGUGGAUUAUUAUACAAAUGAUGAUACUAGAUACUAUAGUAAUACUAAUAUAGAAACCGAGGACGAAGAAAAAGAAGAUCCAGGAUUUCAACACAAAGCGGUGCUAAACGAAUACUUUUUGGAUUUAUAUGGUGAUCAAACAUCGUCAAGCGAUCAAUCAGUUUUGAAUCCUUAUCAGGAAAAUAGAACAAGUCAAGAUCAAGAUUCAAUCAAGAGAACUGCAAGUUUCAAUAGUUCUCAAUCUAUAGUGAGAAGUAAAUUGGCUUUGAAUGCGGGAAAUAAUUCUAUCCCAAAGCUCAGAUAUAACGAUGAAGCAUUAUCUCUCAAGCGGGAUGCGAGUGGUUAUGUCAGUGACACCGAGAGUGAAAUUAACUUUGAGGAAGAGAAUGAAGAGGGGACAACGGCGGAAGACUUUUACCGGUUUAGACGAAGAAGACAGUCGUCGGGUGCAUUUGACCCUAUUGAUGUGGAAUCAUCUCCACUUCAACAGCCGAAAAUGAGAAAGCGACGUCCAGAUUAA